UUGCGCGAACUAAAACACCGGGAAUAUUUAGCGAUGUAUUAACGCAGAAUCGCAACAAGCUGCGAUCGAUCGAUGUAACGCGUAUACUAAAUCACUUUAAUUAACUGAGUGUGAUUGCCCGGCGAAACGUGCGAUUCAAUCGUUUACGCGCUGAACGUCAAAGUUCGUUUGACAGCUCGGGGAAUUUAGCUUCUUGCACUUAUGCCUCCUAUUUGCACGAUAUAAUUCCAUUGUUCUCUAUUGAUUUGACGAAUUUCGGUCAACUCUGUAUCAAGUUCAAUGAGAUAACUGAUAUUUACAUUGUCAUUGAUUCUCUCUCUCUCUCUGUUUGCACAGCUGGUAUUUCAAGUCAGAUAGAAACUAUUUCGAGAAUUGGUCUUCUUAUUUUGUGAUUUGACAACAAAAUAUCUGCGAUCGUUUAAUUGUAUCGAGACAUGGAGCAAAAUGGUAUAUCGACCAUAAUAUCUCCAUCAGAAAAUUCUGGAAAGUCCAAGAACAUCGGCAUCACGCUAAGAUCUAAUGGUAGCUUUCAAUCGGCUAAGGAAAAGUUCAAGGCACCCUGGAAGAAGAUGGAGGAAGACAGCACGUGGGACAAGUUGGUCGCCGUUCUCGGAGAAGUGAUCGGAACGGCAAUGCUGGUUUUUCUGGGAUGCGCGAUAUGCGUGGGCAGUUUGGGACAUCCAUUGCAUGCCAUUCAAAUCCCCCUCGCUUUUGGUCUCGCUGUCAUGAUAGCAAUACAGAGUGUCGGCCACAUCAGUGGCGCUCAUCUUAAUCCGGCUGUUACCUUGGCUACGGUGAUUCUUGGCAAAACGACUUUGGCAAUGGCCGGAUUCUACGUCAUUGCACAAUGUUUGGGUAGCCUGAUAGGUUUCGGUUUGUUAAAGAUGAUAACGCCGUCGAAUUAUUUGCACGAUGGCGAUCCAGACACGAAGGAUUCCUUCUGUACAACGCAUAUGAAUGAAAACAUCCAGGAUUUAACCUUCGCUCAUGGAUUCGGUGCCGAGGCUUUAGCCACGGGAAUAUUAGUCUUUGUCGCCUGCUCAAUUUGGGAUUCGCGAAACGCGAAAAACACCGACUCGGUGCCGAUAAAAUUCGGUCUCACCAUCACCAUGCUCGCUUUCGCUUUUGUUCCUUACACCGGCUGCAGUAUGAACCCUGCUAGAUCGUUCGGACCAGCAGUCUGGAAUAAUUACUGGAACCAUCACUGGUUAUAUUGGGUAGGACCGCUCGUAGGCUCUGCAAUCGCGACCCUGAUCUACCGAUUUUUAUUCUCGCCUAAGACGAAAAACCAACACGACUCGGAAACUUUCAACGACGUCGAGGCGUAAAUGGAAUCGCACCGAUCGAAAUUGCAUUCCGGCUGUCGGUGGUUCACAAAUUGAACGGGAAAUCCUGAAUCGCGGCGAUAUUUUCCUCCUCGGCUGAAAAAGAGGACGUUGUAAAAGUUCCGGCGGAAAAUCUCGCGCGGCUCGAUGGAAGCAGAUUGGACAGGCUUCGAACUUUACGGAUUUCUACUUUCAGGAUACUCUCGUCGGAAACAUCUCACUCGCAAAAUCUCGUAAUCCGAAGGAUCCUAAGGACAAGGAUUUCUCCGUUGUCAGAUUGUUCUGACGAAUUAUUUUUGUACAGAAAUUUGAUGUAAUAAAGCGCCUCAGCGUUGUCUUCUCGCUUAUUUCACGUGGUAGAUGUAGAAUUUCUGGUGCGCGUUUUCGUUAUCAUAAUCAUUUGUUAUUUGUAUGACGGCAUAUCGCGGCCGAGCGAAACGUAACGUAGAAAUGCGUUGUAAAUGUAAAGUGCAAAAUGUACGAAAAAUAUAAAUUCUAUUUUCUAAACGCGUGUCCCUUAAAAUUGAGAAAAGUAUGGGCCAAAAGUACACGUAUAUAUAUUAUAAAAGUGUAAGCGCAAAUUCUUGAUAAUUUUCUUCGAGAAAUCAGAUAUACCUAAUAUUGUAAGUAUAAGUAUAUAAUGUUGUGCGUAUUCGAAUAUUUUUAUGCCUCGUAACAUUCAUUUGAAAUACGCUCGUCCGUGACGCAUACAUGAAUAUUUAUAUCCUUUUGCUACGUAGUUUUUACACACAUCCCCAGCACUUUCGAAGAUAAUCGCUCCAUGUCGUCGUUGUAACGUGCAACGAAACACUGUAAUGGCUUGUGAUUUCGUCUCGCCUAAGUAGCGUAUAAUUUAAGAUACUAAUUCUCUCGCACUCUCGUUUCUCUCCCAUUUUUCUUGUUUUUUUUUGGUUUGCGGAACGAAAAAGAAAAUCUCUCUCGCAGCGACCGAAUCGCCCCGCGGUUUUUAUUAAUUAUUAGCGAAUUUAUUGUACACACGUAGACUCGGUUCGCUCGCUCCGCAAUUCCACCAAAUUCGCCGCCAUUAUAUAUCGUACGCGUACGCGAUGCAGCUCGUUAAGGUCGACAUCUCUUAUCCCUGCUGCGACGAAAUUCGAAAUAACGGAAUUAGUCUCGGCGAAUUCAGGAAAUUGCCUCCAUCGCCGUCGGUCGCGCCAAAGUUUUAAUUGUAUAUUCGAUCUAUACGUGUCUCUGUGCGUGCCUGCGUCUACGUGUGUGUGUGUGUGUGUGUAUGUAUGUUUCUGUAUGGAUGUGCGUGUAAACGCGAUUGCAAUUACGUUCUGCAACUUAAUGUAUAUGUAAAUACAAGAUACACGUUCGGACCUCCUCGCUCGUUUCAUAUAUAUUCCUCUUCUCUCUCUCUCUCUCUCUUUCUCCCUGCUGUAGAUAACAAUAACUUUAAGAGCCCGUAUGCGAAAUCGCGCGCUAGAUUUCCUGGAAUUUCGCAAACUUGUUUCGCGCGCGAAUGACGGUGGGGGAUAAGAUCGAAUUUCGGAUUACACGGACUGCAACGUGUAAAACUUAUGUAAGUGAUUUUUAAUUGUAGUAAAUUGUGGCUUCAAAUAAUUUCACGCAAUAUUUUGCCGUGUUGUAAU